AUGGUGCUACCAGAAGAGGAUUUGCAGUGCAUCUUGGAACCAACUAAAUCGGAAUCUGUGUAUCAGAAGCACAUCCCUCAUAGUGUAGCGUUUUACUUGCAUUGUGCUUUUGAUGACACUCGAUCACAAUUCAAGAUGAAUCCUCAUGAGGUCGACACCUGUUUGAAGACAAACGUACCGAUGGAGCCUCUCUCACCUCAGCAAGCUUGGGACUUUGCUAAUGCUCAAGUUUGUCACAUUUGCGAGAAACCCUUCAGUCCAACUGAUAAGAAACACCGCGAUCACUGCCACUUCACGGGCAAGUAUCGCGGUCCAGCACACCCGGCAUGUAAUGUCAACUUCAAGAAUUCUCACACGAUUCCAGUAGUUUUUCAUAACCUCUCCGGCUACGACUUACAUUUUCUCAUCAAGACUCUUGCAACACAAUUCCCAGGUUCAGUAGAUCUGCUCCCUCUCAAUAAGGAAAAGUACAUGUCCUUCACGAAACACGUUGAUGAGACUGAGGAGUACGUGGACUCUUGGGAGAAACUCAAUGAUCCUCAAUUGCCUCCCAUCGAGAAAUUCUAUUCAAAAUUGAGUGAUGAGAAUGUCUCUGCUGAAGAUUAUGCGCAUGCGCAGAGAGUUUGGGAUGUUGUUGGCAUCAUAUUUUUGGAUGAAUGCUCCGACCUCUACCUGGCAACAGAUGUUGUGCUUUUGGUGGAUAUCUUCCAAAAUUUCAGACCUACUUGUUCUUCGGUGUACAAACUCGAUCCCCUCCAUGACUACACGGCACCAGGAUUAGCAUUUGAUGCUAUGCUGAACUGCACUGGUGUCAACCUUGAGCUUCUUACAGACAUUGAGAUGCACUUAUUCAUUGAGAAGGGGAUUCGAGGAAGGAUGGCUCAAUGCUCCAAUCGGUACACUUGUGCCCACAAUAAAUACAUGGGUGAAAAAUUCGACCCCAACCAAAAGACUUCUUAUCUGAUGUACUUCGAUGUGAACAACUUGUAUGGAGCAGCCAUGUCCCAGUACUUGUCUUAUGGCUCAUUCCAGUGGGUUAAUCCAUCAAUCGUUGAUAUCCACACAAUUGCAGAUGAUUCGAGCAAAGGCUACAUGCUUGAGGUCGACUUGGAGUAUUCCAAGGAGCUCAUUGAGACCCACAAGUAUUUACCACUUUGCCCGGAACAUUUCGUUCCCCCAAAUAAGAAAAUCUCGAAAUUAAUGACGACAUUGCUUCCUAAGAAAAAUUAUCGAGUACUGGAAUUCAAUCAGGCGCCAUGGCUGAAACCGUACAUUGACCUCAAUACAGAAUUGAGAAAGGAAUCGAGCAAUGAGUUUGAGAAGAAUUUCUUCAAGUUGAUGAACAAUUCAGUUUUCGGAAAAACCAUUAAGAAUGUCAGGAUACAAAAAGACAUGCAGUUAGUGACGAAAUGGGAGGAGAGAUAUGGUGCCAAAGUUCGCAUCGCUCAACCCAACUUCCACAGUGGCACCAUCUUCGCUGAUGAUUUAGUCAUUGUUCAAUUGGAGCGUACGAAAAUGUUCUUCAACAAACCCAUUUACGUUGGUUUCUCAAUUCUGGAUCUAUCCAAAAUAUUCAUCUAUGAUUUCCAUUACGAUUAUAUUAAACGAGAAUUUGGUGAUAGUCCUAAGCUCAUGUAUACGGAUACAGACAGUCUUUUGUACGAGUUCAAAGUACCUGAUAUUUAUGAAUGUAUGAAACGUGAUAUUGCUCGAUUUGAUGCAUCCGAUUAUCUAAGCGAUAAUGUUUAUGGAAUGCCGCUCGUGAAUAAGAAAGUAUUAGGACUUAUGAAGGAUGAGUGCAAUGGAAAAGUGAUGAGUGAGUUUGUUGGUUUCAGAGCAAAAUUGUACAAGUUUAAAAUUCAUGGUGAUGAGAGAGCGAAAAAACGUGCGAAAGGAGUGAUAGGGUCGACACUGAAAAGGAUUGCGUUCGAUGAUUACAAAGAUUAUUUGGAGAAUCAUGAACAUUUUAUCGAGUCCCAGUAUUUAAUCAAAAGUAGUAAGCACGAUGUACAUACUGUACACCAGAAGAAAUUAGCUCUAAGCUGGGAAGAUGACAAGAGAAUUCUCUGCUGA